AUGCUCCAGAAUGAGGAAGCUAAUCCCCAUCGAGACCGCUGCAAGUAUGAACACCCGGGUAGAGCCACAGUUGGGACAUCAGGCAACCGCUUUGGUGCGCUCUCUGGUGGUGGAUUUGGAGGCCAAUCCACAGGAUCAAACCAGACGCCUUCAGACUAUGGCGUGACGACAAACGAUAUUAAGCUCGACUUGACACCUGGCAAGGGUCGACCGGAAUGGGUCUUCUCUGCAUACGCACCGACUCGAAAUGCCCCGCGUCAGCUAUUUGGUGGUCCUCAGCGCGAGCAGAGUAUGGAGGAAAUGCGUGUCCGCCAUUACGAACUGACAGCCGCAGGGAACAUGAACCAGGCCAUCCAGGAGGCACAGGCCUUGUGGCAAGAGUCCGUCAAUCAGAUGGAUUCUGCGUUGAAUGAUCUCAACGGUGCCGCCAAGUACAUCAUCGACGGUGGCAACGAACAUCCAAACCGUAUCGACAUCACAACAGGUGGUCAAGACCCUAAUGUGAACCAACCAUCGUCAUUUGGCCAACCCUCGGCUGGACAACCACCAGCUGGCUCAGCUCCCGGUGGAUUUGGGAGUACCAGUAGCGCCUCCACGGGCUGGGGACAGCCUUCGGGAUUCGGACAAGCAUCGGCAUUCGGACAAGCAACCACCCUUGGACAGAACUCUGCUUUCGGACAACCAUCAACUGUUGGACAAACGUCAGCCUUCGGACAGCCCUCAACCCUGGGCCAAUCAUCAGGAUUUGGGCAGCCAUCUACAUUGGGCCAGGGCUCCUCCGCCUUUGGCCAACCUUCAACCCUUGGGGGCGGGCAGACUGGGUUUGGGAAGCCAGCAUUCGGUCAGUCAGGCUUUUCCCAAGCUGGGAACAAUCAGCCUGGCUUUGGCCAGCCCGCUGCUCCAGCAACCGGUGCAUUCGGCACACCGUCGGGUUCCUCUCCAUUCACUCAGGUUUCCCAGAACCAACCUGCUACGGGUUUUGGCGCACCUUCAGGACCAUCGCCAUUCGGACAGCCAUCUGCCGCGCAACAGCCUCCUCCACCAACUGGUUUCGGUCAACGAUCUGCGCCCUUCGGACAGCCUGCCCAGAAUGCGUCGCCAUUUGGCCAAGUCCCACAACAGCAGCAGCAACCAACGACUGGUCCUUUCGGACAGCCAUCUGCUCCAGCUAACCCCUUUGGCGCCCCCUCUACCCAACAACAGCCCGGACCCUCACCUUUUGGCCAGCCUGCGGCUCCACAGGGCGUACCUGUCCAAAACGUGAAUGCUGGUCCCCGUGCAUUUAUCAAACUCGAAAACCCCAACGAAUUGAACCCUCUCCCGCCACUGCAGGGUGAGACCCGACGCGAUCCUAACACUAGACGCCUCACUAUGUGGAAGGGUCGUCCAGUGAAAUACAUUCAUAACGCUCCCUGCUACCUGCACCCUCAGGACAACGCGACCUUCGUCCGCAUCAAUUUCCCGGAUGGGCCUCCAGACGACGCCAGUUUGCGUGACUCCCAAGGCAAGCCCGAGGAAUACACACCCGAAGUUGAGGCAAUGUAUAAGUUUUUCCUUGACAACGGCUACUUCAAGGACGGUAUCAUCCCGGCUGUUCCGCCAAGGAAGGACUACAUCAGCUUUGACUUCUAG